AUGGGGAUGGAAGUGGCGAGGUUUGCGGCUCUUGGGAGGGGGGGUGGCGGGGUUGGUGGCUCAUGGAAGGGGAGGAGUGAGGAAAGGAAGGGUGGGCGGGUGUCAGCAUCUGCGCCUCUGCCCGGCGCCUCGUGCGCCUCUGCCCGGCGCCUCGUGCGCCUCUGCCCGGCGCCUCGUGCGCCUCUGCUCGGCGCCUCGUACGCCUCUGCCCGGCGCCUCGUGCGCCUCUGUCCGGAGCCUCGUGUGCCUCUGCCUCGCCCCGCGCGCGCCCUACUGCCCCGCGCGCCCUGCGCCCUCUGCUUCCCCACGCCCCACGCGCCUCUGCCCUGA